AUGAUGCGUCAAAUAUUUGCUUUUUCAGUAUGUUUUUAAAACAUCUUUCUCCGUUGUGAUUAUUAGAAUGUAGUAUUUGUAGAAAAUACUUAUUUAACAUUUUUCGUCUAAUAAACAUAUUAAUCUUUAUUUAAGAAUUACUCUCGUUUAACAGAAAAUAUAUUUGUUAACCCUUUUGCCGGGUAUACCAGUAAUCUAUUAUAAUGUGACACUUAAUAAACGUUGCUUGUUUAGAUGUGAAAAAUUCUUGACUUAAUUAAUUCAAUAUAUUAUAAUUGUUGAUUAGUAAACUAUUAGAUUAUACAAUUUUUCCCAGGUGUGUAACGUACAUAAAAUAAAAAAGGAAAGAUCAUUUGACAUAAGAUACAUUUACAUAAUUAAUCGAUUAAAGCACUUAAUUUGUGCCAAAAUGGGUUAUCGACAUUAUGGUAAUCCAUUUGAAGAGUAUCCCAACUCUACGUCAAAUAUUGUGAAUGCAGCUACUAAUGAUAUAAGUGAAAAUUAUAAAGAAACGGUACACAUAUGUACAAAGAGAUUACUGAACCAAUUGGAAGAAAAGAAAAACCAUUGGACUUACAAUGAUGAUUAUUCUAUAUACACUGGAUCAGCAGGAAUUGCAUAUAUGUUUUACCAAUAUGGAAAGUGCUUUAAUGAACCAGCUUAUGUUGAUAAAGCAAUGGAAUUAUUAAGAAUAUGUUUAGACAAAUUCAAGGGCAAAAAAGAAAUUCCAUUUUUGAGUGGCAUAGUGGGUCCAUUAGCCCUGGGUGCUGUUGUUUUUCAUUCAAAAGACUAUUCUGAUAUAGCACAAAAUAUGAUUUCGAAAGUGAAGUCAUUAUCAUUUAUUGCUAUGAAUAAAAGUAGCGGUUUGCCUGACGAGUUGCUCUAUGGAAGGGCUGGAUAUUUGUUUUCCCUUCUCUUUUUAAAUUCAAAUAUAUCUCCUGCUCCUAUAGAAAAUGAUCUUAUUAAACAGGUCAUUGCAUUCAUAAUUAAAUCUGGAAAUCUGUAUUCUGCUUCAAAAAAAUACAAAUCACCUUUAAUGUAUGUUUGGGAUGGUUCAGAGUAUAUUGGUGGUGCACAUGGAUUGGCUGGAAUACUUUAUGUGUUGUUACAGGCACAUCAGUACCUAACACAAUCUCAACUAGAAAACGAUAUAAAGCCAGCAUUAGAUUUUCUUCAGAAUAUACGACAUCCUUCUGGAAAUUUUCCAUCCUCUAUUGGAAGCCAGGCUGAUAAAUUGGUACAUUGGUGUCAUGGAGCAUCUGGAAUGAGUAUGCUAUUCUGUUUAGCUUACAAGAUAUAUGAAGAUGAAAAUUAUUUGAAAACUGCUUUACAAUGUGGAGAAGUGAUUUGGUCAAGAGGAUUGCUUAAAAAAGGAUACGGAAUAUGCCAUGGUGUAGCUGGAAAUGCAUAUACAUUUUUGAGUCUUUUCCAGCAAACAAAAGAUAUAAAACAUCUUUACAGAGCUUGCAAGUUUGCAGAAUGGUGUAUGGAUUAUGGAACACAUCAAGUAGUAUCACCUGAAAGACCAUUUUCCUUAUUUGAAGGUCUUGCUGGUACAAUCUAUUUCUUGAUUGAUCUACAACAUCCUCUUUUAGCAAAAUUCCCAGCAUACACCGUUUAAAUCCAACAUAUGAUUCAUUCAGUAUUUAUCUGAUAUAAUUAUUUAUUCUUUAUAAAAAUUUUGUUUAAAAAAAUUGUUUAAAAAAUGAAGUCAAGUAUCAUAAUUUAAUUUACAUUAUCCUGUAUUACAUACUUAUAUUUCAAAUAUAUAAGUCUACGUAUACGUCUAAGGACAAAUUUUAAAAAAUCAUGAAAUAUGUAAAUGAAAAAUUUGUCAUUCGUUUUUCUAUUGAAAUAACGCAUAAUCUAAUGAAUAAUUUCCUUUCUAUUUAUAUAUUACUUCAUAAAAGGAAUGAUAUAAUAAUAAGCAAAAAUAAUAAAUUGUACAAUGAGAAGAAGAGAGCAUCGUCUCCUCGCACAGUUCAAGAGGAACAAUGGUAAAAGUGAAACGCCGAUCAAGUGUACUGGUAGCAACCGAGCGAUUUCUUACAUAUUGGUUAACAGGCCACUAAUAUUCAUGACGGGUCGUACAAUGGUAUUUGUAAAAGCGUAGAGAGAAAAGCUUUAAAAGAGUUGCCUCGUUGAAUCCAAAGUACGCUAUUGCAUGCUUAUAUAUACUUAACUAUAAUGUUUAUCAGAAAUCUAAAUUAUUAAAAUAUGUAUAUUGAAAUAUCUAUAUGUCAUAUACUCAGUAUUUAUCCCAAUAAAAUAUAUUAAUAGCAGUCAUAGUAAUUUUCUAAUCCCGUGAAAAUUCGUUAAUUAUCAAGCAAAUAUUGUGAUAAAAUAUUAUGAUAAUAAUGUAAUAACUGAGGUUAGUAGAUACGAGUUCGAAUCGUCGAUCUGGGAAGUUACGUCAGGUGACAACUAAAAGUUACACGAAAUUAUACGAUGAUCGUACGCAUUCUUUCCUGUAAAUAUUGACUAAUUGGAGGAUGGACCUCCCGAAUACACAGUAGUGGCAUAGUACCACCGUCCGUAAGCAUUUCGAGUAUAAAAGCCGCUUCUGCCGAUCGCGCGCUUAGUUUCGCUCGACGGCAACCGAUUGUGAAACGACGCACUCCCAACAUGGAAAUCCGUUUUACGUUAUUAGCAACAAUGUUGGUUGUGGGAGUAGCUAUGGCACUUCCACAAAAGGACGGUCAGAUUUUUAGUAACGAAGCGAUAAGACAGGCGCAGAAUACUUAUCUUAUUCCGAAAGAUGCAACAAUACAAAAAGUUCAAGAAGGCAUCGAAUUAGCGGCCUACGAAUCGAUUCCCGGCGAUCAGAAGAUAAAUCUUUUCGAAAUUCUGGGAGCGCACGUUCCAACGGAAGUGGUGAACAACCUCCAAGCCCAGAUCGAUCAGAUAGGUCGCAGUUAGACUUGCCCGCUCUCCUCCAUCAUCAUCGUUUCCUUGUAAAAAAUGUUUUGCACCUAGGUUUUAUAACAACUAUUUAUAGAAUGUGAUAAGUCCUUAUUUCCAUUUUUAUAAUUUUGUACUUAGGCUUUUGCAUUUUUUUUUUUUUUAAUAAAUAAA